UUGUUUUGGCGGCUGCCCAGGUCCCGCAGCUCCUAGCGGGUCUGCAUUGCUCGAUCAGACAUCCAACGGGAGGAAUAACCUCACCAGCGCUGCAGGGCUGGCGCGCCGGCCGCUACAAAUCCGCAGAUGAAGGGGAAGGGACCGAACGCGAACGUGCAGCUGUUUGUGUGGGGGUACACGCCGGAGCCCGCAGCGCUCCCGCAGCGCUCCCGCAGCACUCCCGCAGCGCUCCCGCAGCCGGCAGGGUCCCCGUGCACAGAGCUGCCGGCCUCGCCCAGGCAGGGCCACCCCGGGCCGCAAGGGGGGAGGUGCGGCGGCAGCGGAAGCGCGCAGCGGGGGAAGCGGAAGCGCGCAGCGGCGGAAGCGGAAGCGCAGGCGCGGCGCCGGCGGAGGGGAGCCAUGAGGACCCGGCGCGGCACCGUGCUGCGGCCGCCGCCCGGCCCGCAGGAGGAGGAUGAGGAUGGCGGGGAGGCUGAGGCGGCCGGCGGGCCGGCGGGCCCCGAGGCGCUGGCGGAUGAGGUGGAGGACUUCCAUGAGGCGCAGUUCCGGGCGGUGAUGGCGGCCCUGGAGAGCGGGGAGGAGGCCGGGGGCAGCGAAGAGGAGGAGGAGGAGGAAGUGCUGGGGUUGCAGCUGCCCGAGGAGGACAGCGAGGAGGAUGGAGACGGUAAGGAAGACAACGAAGGAGAGGAGGAGGAAGGGCAGGGGCUGGAUCUUUAUGUGGACCAUAGUGCAGAAAAGGAUGGAGGUGAGGAGGGUGCGGAGGAGGAGGAUGGAGAAGAGGAGGAGGAGGAGGAUGGAGAAGGUGAAGAGGAGGAGGAAAAUGAGGUAGAAGAUGAAGAUGGGGACCUGUCCAUGGAAAGCGAUUUGGAGGAGCACCGUCAGGACACCAAGCUCCCCCAUGAGCUCUCCUGGGGCCAACGCAAGCAGCUCUACUACGACACGGACUAUGGGAGCGAUGCCCAGGCCAAGGGCAAGCGUAGCCAGCAAGAAGUCGAUGCCGAGGAGGAGGAAGAGGAGCAGGAGGCUCAAGUUAUCCAGAGACGGUUGGUGCAGGACUUGGGGGAAGAUGACUAUGGGCUGGACAUGAUCCAGGGCUAUCUGGCCAAGCAGCAGAAAACCCGUGAUAGCAAGGGGCAAAAGAUUGACAAGGAUUUGCAGGCCCUUCCCAAGAAGGAGCAGCUGAAGCUACUGAAGCAGGAGUCCCCUGAGCUCCUGCAGCUGAUUGAGGACUUUGAAGUCAAGCUAAUGGAGCUCAAGGAUGAACUGCACCCACUGCUGCAAAUGGUCAAGAACGGCACUAUCCCACAAGGGAAGGGCAGCCGCUAUUUACAGACCAAGUAUCACCUCUACUUGAACUACUGUGCCCAUAUCAGUUUCUAUUUGGUUUUGAAGUCAAAGAGGAUGCCGGUUCAUAGUCACCCCGUUAUCGAACGGCUGGUUGCUUAUAGAAAUAUAAUUAAUGACCUAGCUGUUAUAGAUGAAAAGUUAUCCUCGCAAGUUCGGAUGCUUUUGAAAAACUACUAUGAUAAGAAGGAAGGUAAAUUACGGAAGGAGAAGAAGUUUGCAGUGUUUCUCCCACUGGAUGUUAAGAAAACCAAAUCAAAACGUGGACCCGCUCUUGCUAAUGGUCGCGAUGUUGCUGAUGGACGGUCAGAUGAGUCGGACCUGGAUGAAGAGGCUGCCCUAAAAUACUAUAAGAUGAUGGAGGAAAAGUUGAAAUUUAAGAGGAAGAGAACCGAAGACCAAGACACGCUUGAAGAAGGGGUGUUGGAAGGAGAGGAUCCAAAUAGCAAGAGAGGUGUGACCUAUCAGAUGAUCAAGAACAAAGGCCUCACGCCCAGAAGGAGAAAGAUCGAUCGCAACCCCAGGGUCAAGCAUCGGGAGAAAUUUCGUCGAGCUAAGAUUCGCCGCAAGGGCCAGGUCCGUGAAGUUCGGAGGGAAUUGCACAGAUAUGCUGGGGAGCCAUCCGGUAUUCGUGCGGGAGUUAAGAAAAGCAGGAAGCUUCAGUGAUACUUAUUUUUCUACAUUUCUGAUAGCUGCCAGUAGCACUACUGAAUUCAAUAAAAAGUUUAUAAACGA